AUGACUCCUCCCAGAAAAAAGUAUAUUUUUCACGUUGCUAGAACAUGGGACGGUAAAUUUAAAUGUCCUAGAUGCCAUUUUUGCUUUUCAAAAUAUGAUAAACUUGAAAAACACGUACAAGAAAUUCACAUUGUAACGAAAAGAGGAUUAAGUUUUCGAAGACAGGCUCUAUAUGAGAAAGAUCGUGACAACGUGUCGUUUAAAGUAAAAAUAUGUAGUGAACUUGAUGACAUUACUAGAAAGUUAAAGAGCGCUGAAGAAAAAUAUCUACCAUUACUUGAACGUGGAUUACCUGUUAGCAACGACUUUCGUCGAUGUUUUAAUAGUAUUUUGGAGUUGAAGCAAUCAUUUGAAGGGUUUAACCAAAGGCAAAUAAAUCAAACCGAGUCAAUUUUAUAUGGAAAAGUUGCCACUGUAAAGGAACGAGCAGCAGCAAUUAUUAAGAGUCUGCAGGAUGAGGUUACAAAACUUAGCAUCGAGAUCAUUAAUAAUAACAAAAUGAUCGAAUUAUUAAAAAAGGAUCAUGAGGCAUUACUAGAAAACAAUGAUGAUUAUUAUGUUAAACGUUGUCGUUCGUUACAGCGUGCAAAUUAUGUAUUGAAGCAACGAAAUUUAGAAUUGAACGAAGAAAUUGAAGAUCACACGAAACAG